AAAUGACUUAGGAAACUUUAAGAUAAUUGGCUAGAUAACUGAAUAAAAACAAGUUUCUAGUAAUAGUUUUUUCAUUAAAAUAUAGAUUGCAAAGCCUGCUACAGAUGUAUUUUAAUGUGUUUAAGCUUUUAUCUUAUUGGUUAAAGGAGUAAAAAUAUAAGAUUGGCUUUUGGCAUAAUUGUUAAUGAGUUGCAGUUUACCCUAGAUGGUGGAGACAAUUAUUGAGAAGAAAAUUGAUUAUGCAAAUAUUAUUAUGUGCAAAAAGCUUUAUCAAUUAAUACCUCAAUAGCAAAAUUCUUUAGGGAAGCUUAUAUACUAAUUAAUAAGUUAAAGUUUAAAUUUUUUAGAAGAUGAAAAAAGCAAGACUCAAAGAAGCAAAAGUACCAUUAUAAAGCAUGAACCAAACCCUUAUAGCAAUAGUGUUAAUAAAAUCAUUUAAUCUUAAAAUAAGAACGCCACUAAUUAAAGAUGUAAGGAAGAUUUACAUAAAAUAUUUUAACAUAGAAAAAUAACAAAACAUUAGAAGAAUAAGGAAGAUGAUGAAAAGAAAUUUGAACUCUUAAAGGAAAAAAUGAAAAAAAUUAAUAAAAAUAGUUAUUUUAUUUCGCCCAGAAAAAUAUAAUUUGAUCAAUAAGAAAAAAUUAUAUUAAGCAAUAACAAUUCAGAAAGAUAAUUUAUUCAUAAUAAACAAAUGAGAUCGUUAAGAUCCUUUAGAUCUUCUUUCUAUGAUUGA